UGCACGUACAUGCCCCUGCGCGCUCCCUCUUCGGAGAGAUCCGUGCCGUCUCCACAUGCCCCCGGGAAUAGCUGCUUUGUCUCUGCGGGGAAACAAGAAAACGGACAAAAUGUCGAUGAAGACGCAAACCGCUGGCUGACUCCAAAACACCUGAGCCAGACGCCGAUCAGAAGUUUCACAGCAGGGCGGUCACUCAGUCACUUGGUGGGUUGGUCAGACAGUCAGUUACCACGGGGGCACCUGUAGGGGACGUCGGCAUGGAGACGGUGGUGAUCGUGGCCAUCGGAGUGCUGGCCACCAUCUUCCUGGCCUCCUUCGUGGCACUGGUGGUGGUGUGCCGACACCGAUAUUGCCAUCCACCCAGUCUUCUGCACCACUUCGACUCCAAGCCGACACUGGACCUGAUCGGUUCGAUGGAGACCCAGAGUGAGCCAUCGGAGCUGGAGCUGGACGACGUGGUCAUCACCAACCCUCACAUAGAGGCCAUCCUGGAGAACGAGGACUGGAUAGAGGAUGCCUCGGGUCUGGUGUCCCACUGCAUAUCUAUCCUGAAGAUAUGCCACACUCUGACGGAGAAAUUGGUGGCCAUGACAAUGGGCUCGGGGGCAAAGGUCAAGGCUCCAGCCAGCCUCAGUGACAUCAUCACAGUGGCCAAGCGCAUCAGCCCCAGGGUGGACGACGUGGUGCGCUCCAUGUAUCCCCCCCUGGACCCUAUUCUCCUGGAUGCCAGGGCCACCGCCCUCCUGCUGUCUGUGAGUCAUUUGGUGUUGGUGACCCGGAAUGCGUGUCACAUGUCGGGCAGCAUGGACUGGAUCGACCAAUCGCUGCACGCCGCUGAGGAUCACAUGGUGGUGCUGCGAGAGGCGGCGCUGGCGUCUGAGCCCGAGAGAAGAUUACCCGAGAGAGAGCAGGCCAUCUGAGCAUGGACUCCCUCACGGACACACACACACACACACACACACACACACACACACACACACACACGC